GCUAGGACCUAGGCCUACACGAAAGUAUAGUUGUUACAUCAUCACUAAAAAACUGUCAGUAUCCUCAAUUUUUCUCUGAAAUGAAUAAGUUUGUGGAUUUCAUGGUGAGGUCAUCUAAAACCACAUAGCAGCAUGGAUGCUACAUCAGAUGCCGAGUUGGCUCGUCUGCUGCAGUUCCAAUUUGAUAGUGAAACUGCUACAGAGAUAGCUGUUAUUGAGCCAGCAUCAACAACAAACGAUAGACGCUCCUCUGGUACCAAACCCAUUGGCAUUGUAGACGAGAGAUGGGAGCUUAUUGACCCCAACCCAGAUGUGAGAGCCCUCUUCCUGCAGUUCAAUGAUCAGUUUUUCUGGGGUCGGCUGGCUGGUGUAGAGGUCAGAUGGAGUCCUAGGAUGACAUUAUGUGCAGGAGUUUGCUGUUAUGAAGGAUAUGGUGGUCUGUGUUCUGUUCGUCUCAGCCAGCCUUUGCUGAAACUCAGACCAAGAAAAGAUCUUGUUGAAACUCUGCUGCAUGAAAUGAUCCAUGCAUAUCUGUUUGUUACACAGAACAACAAGGACCAUGAUGGUCACGGGCCUGAAUUCUGCAAGCACAUGAAUAGAAUCAAUGCAGCUACUGGUACCCAUAUUAGUAUCUACCACACUUUCCAUGAUGAGGUGGAUUCCUAUCGCCAACACUGGUGGCGCUGUGACGGUCCUUGCCGGCAACGGAAACCUUACUUUGGCUAUGUUAAGCGAUCAAUGAACAGGGCGCCCUCUCCGAGGGACCCUUGGUGGGGUGAACACCAGCGCUCCUGUGGGGGAACUUACACCAAGGUCAAGGAACCUGAGGGGUAUGGACAGAAGAAAGGGGGAAAGAAGGGACAAGGAGAGAGCAGUGAGGAGGCCAGUACUAAAGAUCAGCAAGGGAUCAAAACGAAAGACAUCAGGAGUUUCAUCCCUUUCUCUGGAAAAGGGCAUUCCCUGGGAAAUCCUACAACUUCAUCUUCAAACAACUCAUCAUCCACCUCUUCAUCCGGUUCUUCUGUGAGUGAUAAACAUGUAGAACAGCCUAAAGAGCGAAAGAAAUCAUCAGAGAGUAAAGAUAUAUCAUCGUUCUUCACCAAGAAGUGGUCAGAUGAUCCUGCCAACACAACCAAGUCUUCAUCCAGCAGCUCCGGUCCUCCAUCACAUCCAAACAAUUCUUCAGCUGUCGGUGGUUUUCAAAAGAAGCCUAGAUUCACACCUGUUGUUGCAACAGCCAGUGGUCGUGUCGUGAGUGAUUCUGAUUAUGCUGGCACAGCCGAAGGGAAAACAUGCAAUUCUGGUCAGACUAUGAAGGGCAAAGGAUCCAUUCCAAAUAGAACUGGAAAGUUUAUACCAGUCGUAUCUGCAGUGGGAAGGAAAGAAGGCGUUCAUUCUUCAAAGAAUUUGGGGGAUACUUUGUCUUCCAGCAAAAGUCUAGUUGGGUCAGAUAUCAGACGACGUGGCGGGGAACAGAACAAUACUUCUGAAUUCUUGGGCAAAAAAGCAAUAUCAUCAGCCAAGAAAGGUGAUGGAGAAAGGACUCCCAUCAACAGUGUUCAGGUAGUAAGGACACGGGAUAGGAUAGGUGGAGGAUCAAGUGAGGGAAAGAGGAAGAAACGGGCAAGACUUGUGGAUCUGCAAGCCAUGUUUGAUAGUGAUUCUGAUGAUGACGAAGCAAUGAAUAGGUCUUCCAAAUGUCCCAGAGUUUCUCAUGGAAAUAGUUAUGAUGAAGACAGUGAUGCAAUUAUUGUUGAGGAUGGGGUGUCUUCAAGAACAAAUAGUGGUUCCAACAAAGAGAACAGUCCUUCACUCCACAAUGACAGAGGGGGUAUCUAUAUCCAAGGAGACAGUGAUGAUGAUGAUGAUGUUAUUGCUCAGCCAAUAGGUUCAGGAAUCACAAAUGGGAUAUGGAAAGACCUUAGCCAUCUAUCCUCUGGAAGUUCUGGCAACCAGGUAACUGGAAACAGGCGAUUUGGACGAGUAACGCCACCUCUGUAUGGAAAAUCAAAAGGAAAAUCACUCCGCGGAAGCAAUAUUGGCCAAACCCCUCCACAAUCGUCAUUUUGUGAGCAUCCCUGGCAGACAGCUGCCCGAGAGAGCGACAGGAAGGCAUCGACAGUAACUGUGGAUGGGGCGGUCAUCAACCUGACUGCUGAGGAUGAUGCGGGACUAGUUGAGGAGGUUGGACCAAAGAAAGUGCCUUGUCCUGUGUGUAACCUCCAGAUAGAGGAGAGAAAGAUCAACUCUCAUCUGGAUACAUGUCUCACGUUCAACUGUGAUGCAUUAUUUUCUUGAAAUUCAUUCAACCGUCAAAGUGUAUUUUGAUUGUACCUUGAUAGAUGUACCUUAGAUUAUGACCUUUUACCCUCACUUGUUCCCUUUUCUACCGAUCAUCAUUAUGAAAUAUCAGACUAAAUGUUUUUGAAUCAGGUUUUCGUAUCUCAAUCCUAAAUGCAUAAACACUGUAUGAGCAAAUGCAAAUGCCAUGGACUGAUAUCUGCUGUCAUUUCAAAUCUUCACUAAAGUUUUUACAGAAUCAGAAAUGUAUAUAGAUAUUCAAAGAAUUGAUUGUAUCUGAAUACUCUGAGUAGAUAAUUCACACUAAAAAGAAUUAAUAAUAUGAUGCUGUACUCGGCAAUUCUAAUCUAAAAAAACCUAAUAAUUGUUAAUUUUUAGCAAAAUUUUACACAACCAUUGUAGAAGAAUAUAGUUAAAGCUAAAUGAUAGUAGUUGCAGUAAAACACUAAUUUCAUGAGAAAGUCUGUAAAACCAAGGUUAAGUAUGACUACAUGUAUAUCAUUGUGGAUGUAGAUCUGGUGCAUUUACGUAAACUGAACUUUGUGAAAUCAUAAAAUCUAAGCUGAAAUACGAUCACACUGAAGAUCGCCAACACAGAUAGGCACAC